AGUGAGGCUUGCACUGCUCGUUUUAGAUGGUCCAACAGUCUCAUCCAUCCCGCUUUUCGUCAUCCUCGCUCCCUUUGUUUCAAACUCCACUUGGCGAGCAGCGAGACUGGGAAAGUGUUGUGGUUGUCGAUUGCUGAGUGAUUGCCUGUUCUUGUGAUUGUACUGCGUAGGCGCGGUGGCUUGGACCGACUGCUGGCUCGACCCUCAAUUGCACUUUUGUCCCGCGAUCUCUCGAUUCCGCCACAAUCCUAUUUUCUCGCUCAAUUUGGGUCUGCACUCACCUGCCGUUUGGAUACGUGAUCGCAUGAGCGCAACCGGUGCUUUGCCAUGUACCUAGGCCUGUACGGCAGCCACGACUGAGGAAGAUGCGAAUUGGUUGCACCGAUGAGCACAGCGACGCUUCAGCCGUCGCAGCAACAGCAGCCGCCGCGAGCGGCCUCAGCUCAAGGUCAUAGACAGAAUUUGCGACCCAGUAACCCGCAAAAUGUCAGAAGUGCCUCACAUCCUCACCCUAGUCGCCAGAACGAGAAAGAUCUGGCCAUCAACCAAGCCGACGCAUCGAAAUCGCGGGGGGUAAUGCCUCCGGAGGAAAUUUCAAAAGAUCCAGAACAGAAACAGUUGGGACAAUCAUCGAAACAUUUGAAGCUCGGUGAUUUUGAGUUGAUGCGGACCCUGGGAACAGGAACAUUUGCUCGUGUUUGGCUUUGUCGAUUUGCGCAUCCUCAAUCGCCGGAUAGGGACAGGGUCUUUGCCCUGAAGGUUCUGAAAAAGGUCGAUGUGAUCAAACUCAAGCAGGUUGAACACGUUCGCAACGAGCGGGAUGUUCUUGCUGCCGUCGCAGGGCAUCCCUUUAUUACCACCUUGAUCACAUCAUUCUCUGAUGACACUUCGCUAUACAUGCUUCUCGACUAUACACCCGGGGGAGAAAUAUUUUCAUAUCUUCGGCGAGCACGGCGGUUCCCAUUUGCUACCGUUCAAUUCUACGCAGCUGAAAUCACAUUGAUAUUGGCGUAUUUGCACGAAGUACAAUUCGUCGCAUAUCGAGAUUUGAAGCCGGAGAACAUCUUGUUGGAUGUAGAUGGCCAUUUAAAACUCGUUGACUUCGGCUUCGCCAAAUACCUACCGCCAACUACCGAUCAAGCAUCCCCCAGUACUCCCAACCAGAACCAUACCUCAGCGAAACCUGCAUCGGAACAUCCUGAGCCACAAGCAAGUGGAGCAGGUGUGACCUACACUCUCUGCGGCACACCGGAAUACCUCGCGCCUGAGGUGAUCCGCAACACUGGCCACGGUACGGCGGUCGACUGGUGGGCGCUCGGAAUCUUGGUUUACGAAAUGCUUAUAGGACAACCGCCAUUCUGGGAUCAGAAUCCUAUGCGCAUCUACGAACAGAUUGUUGCUGGCCACAUACGCUUUCCGACUUCGCACCCAUCUCAGCCAGGACACCGUCACAGUCUUCACGUACCCCGGGCAGCUCGCGACUUUAUUCUUGCGUUGUGCCAAACGGAUCCCACGCAACGCUUGGGUCAAAUCGCAGGUGGCAGUAAACGUGUAAUGGAACAUUACUUUUUCGACGGCGUGGAUUGGGACGAGAUCUACUAUAGGAAGCGAAGAGGUCCGAUUAUACCGAGAGUCGAAUGGGCUGGAGAUGCAGGUAAUUUCGACGAGUACCCUGAUCCUGUUGAAGGCGAGGAGAGUGAAGGUGGUCGAGGCAGGUAUACUGACGAAUUACGUGAAGAAUGGGAAGAGGCUUUCAAAGAUUUCUAGUCUAAAUUGGUCUUCGCAUUGGGGAGAGCUGGGCGAUCAAAACUGGGCUUUGGGUUGUGUCAGAGGCGACAUACGAACGCGAUCUAUUCAUCAUUUUGCCAGUUUUGAGAUUUGUGAUACCAGGCUAUGGGGCAUGAGGAUAGCUAGGUAUUUGAUGACAGGGAAAUGUGGAAUGGAGAAUACCCCCUCGCGAGUCAGAGGUCAGAAAUACCGAAUACCGUACUGCUUUAUGAAGGUCACUAUGUUGGGAAUAGAUCAUUGAACAAAAUGAACAGAACAGACAAUACUUUGUAU